AUGAAGCUUUCGCGCGCAACUCUGCUAGCCCUGAUAGCGGUCUAUUCCCAUCCAGUAUUCAGUACUGCUUCAGCAGAAGAUGUGACAGUAACGGAGACAGUUCUGGAGACUAUCACUGUUUCUGAACCUUGGGAGGCAGCAACCAGCCUACCGAGUGCUGUAGCAUACUCAGCAGUUCCUGAGCCCUCAGCAUCGCCUGCUGAAUUGCCAUCAGAUGCCCCAACAGUGUCAUUGCCAACGAGUUCUUCGGCAUACUGGACGAUUCCAGGAUCAUCACCGAUCUUAGACGCCGAGACAAGUACUUCGACUAUCACAACACAGCCGGGAUAUAGUUUGAGGAAGAGGGCAAAUCCUCCAGAGUCUCCGGCUAUAAUCGCAAGAGCCCCUGCUACGAUCACAGUUACUUCGACAUCAACAAUCACAACCUGUCCUGUAUGCACAAGUACAUCAACUACGUCCACCACUACUACCAAUACGCCCACAACGUUGCCUCCUGAAACCACUCCAACAACAUCCACAACGACCAGUAAUCCUGUCACCACGCCGACAACAGCACCAGUGUCUACUGUCACAGUGACUGUGACAACCACUGCUCCAGGCCCCACGGAGACUGACACUGUCACCACAACUGUCAGCUUUCCAGGGACCACAGAGACGGUCACCCUCACUAGUACGGCCACUAUUACGGGAACUACGGGAACAGAUACUGUCACUACAACGAUUAGCCUACCAGGUACCACAGUGACAGCCACAGAGAGUUCGAUCUCAACAGUCACAGUCACAGCCACCACUACGCAACUAGGGACUACGUAUACAGCAACUCCAGGCGAUGGAAUGACUCACACCACCACGGCAACCAUUACCCCUGGGGGUGGAACGACCAUGACCUCGACCCAGACAGUCACUUUGCCAGCGACGACAGUGACCGACACGGCUACAUUUACGGAAGUUUCAACUACAUCGGUAACGGUUCCUGGGUCUACUAUAACAGUCCCCGGUUCGACAGUAACGGACAUAACAACGUCGACUGAGAGGACCACCCAAACAGUCACUAUUUCUGGGGUCACAGUCACUAAUCCAGGGUCGACAGUUACUAACACAACCACAUUGACUGAGAUCUCAACGUCGAUACUCACGAACCCAGUGGUGACAGUGACAGACAUAAGCACUGUAACGGAGGGUUCUACCCAGACCAUUAGCCAGGUUCUAACGACGACGGCCACCGAGACUGUCGCCUUGCCUGGGACAACCGUGGUGGAUUCAAGGACCAUUGCCCUGCCUGGAACGACUAUAAUCAACUCAGAAACUGUGACUCUUACGGUUCCCGGAAGAACAGUGACGAAUAUGAGAACAAUUACUGAGUCCGGGACAACGUUGACAGUCUCUGAGGUGGUCACUCUUCCUGGUUCUAUAGUCACGAUCAUAGAGACAGUUCCAACUACUCUCCCUGGAUCUACUAUGGUUGCCACCAUCACUGAGCCCGGACAGAUAAUUACGAUAUCCGGAUCUGUUAGCACAUUGCCAGGAUCUACUAUUGUCCAAACCACUACACUUCCCGGCAUCACCACGACAGCUAAACAGACCGUUCCAACAACUAUGCCCGGAGCAACCAUCGUCACUACCUUCACUAAGCCAGCAAGUACCAUAACAGUAUCUGGAACCAUUACCACGCUGCCAGGGUCCACAACCGUACAGACGACGACUCUCCCUGGAUCGCGGUCAGUUGAGACUGUGUCGGUGACCGUCGUCCAUAGUACUACCAUUUUCGACACAGUAACAUUGUCUGGCUCUGGUAAAACUAUAACCAUCACGAAUCCAGCUGGAUCUACAACUCAGGCCGGCAACACUGUGACAGUUCCCGGAACCACCACAACGCUCUCCAUCUGUCCAACACUCAGGAUCAAUCCCACUUACACUCCGGUCGCUCCCCUCCCGAGGAACUACACCUGGGGUUGUCCACCAGGCUACCUCUGCAAACCCAAACACACCGGCGCCGAUGCAGGCUGCAACAUCGAAGCCGGUCUGCCAGCGGAGUCAUAUGUCUGCAGUCCAGACGAGUGCAUCAAGAGCCCGCCCUUCAUCCACGACCAGUACUGGGGCACGCCGGUAGAAUCCAACGAGAUCCGCUCAACCUACUACGUCUCAAAGGACUACUUCAACCUCGACCCUGAGAUCUUUGGUCUGAACUACUCCAUCUUCCGGAUCCCGGACCUCAGACCAGGCGAUGACCACUACUACAUCCGGUCCUCUCGUCGAUCGUGGAGCAAGCUACUCUCCCGGGCGUCGAUCGGAGUAUCCACCGUACCCGGCGCCUGCUAUGACGAAUGCAACGACGCAGCAUUGGAGGUUGAGUCGACCGGCAAGGCACCGGAGAUCUGUAACGCUGGGUCAGCUUUCAACGUCUCCCUGAGCCAAUGCGAGAAGUGCUGUAAUACUCACAAGACAGCUACAUCGGCCAGCUUUGAGCAAAAGGUACUGCCAAAUUUCCAGCAGUUUUUAAACUUUUGCGAGGGAUUGGAGCAGUCGUCGGCUACCACUGCAGCUGCGGAUACAGUCAGUUCGACUACUAGUACUCAGACAUCUACAGCGACAGGAACGACAUCCACGCAGAAAGGCGGUAGUACGUCACAGACUGAUCCAUCAACAGCAUCGACUACUCCAGAUACUACAAGCAAGGCCACCAAGAGUAGCGAUAAAUCGAGCAUAGCGGCAUCUACAAGCUCUACUGAACAGAGAGCAACUUCCUCGCCAUCUCAGCAGGUAACUGCGUCAGACCCGACCACAGAAUCUGGGGCCACCACCGCGAGUGAGGCUACUACGGAUCCUGUCUCCAGUUCAUCAUCUGGGUCAGUGACAGGUACAUCUUCGAGAAUGACUCAAAGCUCUUCUCCUAGCAACAACCCUGGUGAGAGCGCGUCUAGUCUCACGCCUCACGGACCUACAGGUACACGUUCCGGAUCAAGCCCAUCUGCAUCUGUAUUACUUGUUACAGGCGCAGCAAGUCUCCGGACGGUGCCAUCUCACUGGAGUAUUUUGGCUCUCGUGUUUGGGGUCGCGGGCUUCCACGUUUGGGGUUUGUGA